CUUCUGGCCCAUCGCCGAUUUGCUCACUUCUCCUCAGCCAAGCCACACACAGCCCAGCCAACCUCAUGGCCGCGGCCGGGGCGGCGACCACGGCGGUGUACCGGAGCAACCAGGAGCUGACCCGGCUGGCGCGGUCGGGCCAGCUGGCGGCGGCGCGCCGCCUGUUCGACUCCAUGCCCAGCCGCAACACCGUCUCCUACAACGCCAUGCUCUCCGCGCUCGCGCGCCAUGGCCGCAUCGCCGACGCGCGCCGGCUGUUCGAUGAGAUACCCCGCCGGAACACCGUCUCAUGGAACGCCAUGAUCGCGGCGUGCUCCGACCACGGCCGCGUCGCGGACGCCCGGGACCUGUUCGACGCCAUGCCCGCCCGGGACGGCUUCUCCUGGACGCUCAUGGUCUCCUGCUACGCGCGCGCGGGGGAGCUCGGGCUCGCCAGGGACGCGCUCGACCGGAUGCCCGGGGACAAGUGCACCGCGUGCUACAACGCCAUGAUCUCCGGGUACGCCAAGCACGGCAGGUUCGAUGACGCCGUGGCGUUGCUAAGGGAAAUGCCGGCCCCUGACAUCAUUUCUUGGAACUCUGUGCUUGUGGGGUUGACACGCAAUGGGGAAAUGGUUCGGGCGGUGAAAUUCUUUGACGAGAUGCCGGCGAGGGACAUGGUGUCCUGGAACUUGAUGCUGGAGGGCUAUGUGCGUGCUGGAGAUGUUGAUUCGGCUGCUGGCUUAUUUGCAGGAGUCCCCUCACCUAAUGUCGUUUCCUGGGUGACCUUGCUCAAUGGUUAUUGCCGGGCAGGGAGGAUAGGUGAGGCAAGAGAACUGUUCGACAGAAUCCCUGACCGGAAUGUUGCGGCUUGGAAUGUGAUGCUCAGUGGUUAUCUGCGGCUUUCUCACAUGGAGGAGGCCUAUAAGUUGUUUACAGAGAUGCCGGAUAAGAACUCAAUCUCAUGGACGACAAUGAUAAGUGCAUUAGUACGUGGUGGAAAGCUCCAAGAAGCAAAGGAUCUGCUCGACAAGAUGCCGUUCGACAGUUUUGCAGCAAAGACUGCACUGAUGCAUGGCUAUUUGCAGAGCAAGAUGAUUGAUGAUGCACGCCUCAUCUUUGAUGGACUUGAAGUGCGAGAUGCAGUGUGCUGGAAUACGAUGAUUUCUGGUUAUGUCCACUGUGGAAUGCUUGAUGAGGCCAUGGUGUUGUUCCAGCAAAUGCCAAACAAGGAUAUGGUUUCUUGGAACACCAUGAUUGCUGGCUAUGCCCACGAUGGUCAAAUGCGCAAGGCAGUAGGUAUUUUCAGGAAGAUGAAUCAGAGGAAUACCGUAUCGUGGAAUUCAGUUAUCUCCGGAUUCGUCCAGAAUGGGCUCUGUGUCGAAGCACUGCAGCAUUUCGUGCUCAUGAGAAGGGAUGCAAAGAGGGCUGACUGGUCUACAUAUGCUUGUUGUCUUAGUGCAUGUGCAGACUUGGCUGCUUUGCAUGUUGGUAGGCAAUUCCACAGCCUUCUUGCCAGGAGUGGGUAUAUUGGUGAUUCCUUUGCUGGAAAUGCCUUGAUUUCGGCAUAUGCAAAGUGCGGACGGAUCUUGGAAGCAAGACAAGUAUUUGACGAGAUGCCAGCUCCGGACAUUGUUUCAUGGAAUGCACUCAUUGAUGGCUAUGCUUCUAAUGGUCAUGGGACUGAGGCAAUCUCAGUUUUUCGAGAAAUGGAAGACAAUGAUGUCCGACCCGAUGAGGUCACAUUUGUGGGUGUCUUAUCAGCCUGCAGUCAUGCAGGAUUGAUUGACGAAGGAUUCGAUUUCUUCAAUUCAAUGACAAAAGACUACGCGUUACGGCCUGUAGCUGAGCAUUACGCUUGCAUGGUGGAUCUACUUGGAAGAUCCGGGAGACUGAGUGAAGCCUUUGAAAUUAUUCAAGGAAUGCAGGUCCAACCUAAUGCUGGUGUAUGGGGCGCCAUGCUUGGAGCAUGUCGGGUACACAAGAACCAUGAGCUUGCCCAGCUUGCAGCUGAGAAGUUAUAUGAACUGGAACCUCACAAGACCUCAAACUAUGUGUUGCUGUCAAACAUCACCGCAGAGGCAGGCAAGUGGGAUGAAGCUCAAAACAUGAGGGUCUUUAUCAAGGAAAGGGGAGUGCAUAAGACACCUGGCUUAGCUGGAUCAACAUAGAGAACAAGGCUUGCGCCUUCUCUUGCAACGAUCUUCAGAAACUGAGUGUUGCGCAUGAGGUGGUUCUUACCUGGAUCAGAUUCUCUCCUGCUAAAUCCUGGAAUUGUCAUGCCAAUGUUGACAGUCUAUGUGUGCUUAAAGCAACGAACAGCACACAGCUAAGCUGAGGAGUCAGGACUUUGCAGAACUUUGCUCGUGUCUGAUUCUUCUGUCUUGAAUUCCAGAUGAAGAUCGGAGCUAUGAUUCGACUACCUGUUGGAUUAGCAGGCCGCAGUCAGUACCUAGCUGCUUCGUAAGGAAGUUAGAAUGGAUCGCAUGGUGCAGCAGGUAAUUCCGGGGGUAUACCAUGGUUGCAACCUCACACAAAAAAUGCACAUGAGAAGAGUGCUACAAAGAUUUAGGCAGUCGACAUGAUUUACAUGGAGUUUCCUUGGAUUCUUCGUGUGGAAGGCAAGGCCACAUGGCACGUGACUCAACACAUCCUAUGCAUUUGCCGAAGUCAACCGUGCACACUGAGUCAGCUCGUCGUGGCUGUGUCCAGAUUCAAAGCGCAGGCCGGCUUUCUGCUGAUUGCUGGGUGUGUUUGGUUUCAGAGUUUGUACUUGGCCUAGCUAGAGUAGAGAGCUCAACGUACUGCUUGCAGCAGUGCCUAUCUACGACUGCCACAGUUUCCCGAAAGGUGCGGCGCCCCUGCAAGCCAUUCUAUAUUAAGAUUGGCUUAGCAGCCGUUCCGUCAUUAAGAUUGGCUUAGCAGCCGUUUGUCAUUAAGAUUCGAUUCCCUUGGCAGCGUUUCUAUAUUAAGAUUGCCUUAGCAGCUCAUUAAGAUUC